GGCACUACUGUAUGUACGUGGGACGUGACAUCCUCAUUAACGUCAUCAGGUGCGCGUUUUUUAGAACAAAUUACCCGAAAAGCGUGUCAGAAAUUGUGAAGGUCGUAAGUCAAGAUCACUCAUUUUCCUUGGACACCACUAAAGGGUCAACUGCAAGACAACGUGAUUGCUGAGUAACAGUCUGUAAACAAGGCAGGACCCGUGGAUAUGAAUAUCUAUACAGGCCCGCAGAAACAGGUUUAUUUCCCAGGCAGACGACCCAAGUCGCUGUCGUCUGCGCGGAAACAUCAAAGCGCCGCCUUGGAUCACUGGGUGGGUUCUGUGGCGAAAGUGAACAGGAUAAAUGAGACAAAAAGAAUGGAGAUUCUUAAUGCUCAAAAUCUAAAAAUGACAGAAGGGAUCUUACGACCGCGAGCGGAUUCGAUAGCUAAGAGGUCUCAGCUGAAAAGCUUCUCUCAACUGACAGAAAAAGUUAGGGACACCAAAAAUCUACUGUCCCGAGUGUCUUUGGACCAUAGGAACCAAGAUGCUGCUAUCUAUUUACGAAAGGCCAUGCUCAACAGACGACUGCCAUCUUUGAGCCAAUCUCUGGGGAGUUCUCCAAGUUCCAAUAGCUCCACCCCUCGUUCUCGGGCCACGCCCGGGUGUACCCCACAACAUAGUCAAAACUCCACCCCAGGGAGCAGCCCCUGGGAAUGGAGUCCCAGGUGUACCCCCGGGUCCUGCGCCUCGGGGAACGACCCCGGGAUAGAACCAGAUGAGAAGAAGAUGCGUCUCAGACGCGGGCACAGGGAGGACACAUACAAGAGCCGCCGAGUGGCAGGGACGACAGAGAGACAUAAGGAUGGGGUAGCUUCUAUUCGCAACAGUCCGACCCAUCUUCCUCAUCUACUGCUGCCCAAACUGUCAAGGCGCAGGCUUUGGAACAAAGCGGAAGUUGCCAAUCACAAACCG